AUGGCGGCUCCCAACCGCCCUCAGUUCUUCUGCACUCGCCCUGAUGGCACCCUGACCCCUCUCCUUGCUGCUGAUGACCUCCCUCUUGGUCUCACCGUCCAGGGUCUGCCUCGUGUUUUGGACGCCGGUGAGACUCAAGGUAUGAUCAGUUGUGGAGUGGCUGCUCCUCGCUCUGAGCCAUGGACCAUCGAAGGUGUUGCUCAUGUCUUCCCCCAUGACCUUGGAAAAGAGAGUCACGGUGAUCUUCAGCAUAUCAUGGUUCAAAUCAUCCACGACCACCAAGUGCCUCCUCACAUUCGUCUGGCUGUCCAGGCAAUUUUAUAUCGUGCUAUUGACUUCCCUGCCGGACUGCCUGGUGAGGAUUCCUCCAACAGCACUGUUAUGUCUCCUUUGGGUCCAAAUUUCAUGAUGAACCCCCAUGUGGGCAAAAAUGGGUUCAACAGUAAGAAGGAGUAUUGCUCUUACUGGAUCCGCCAUGGCGAGUGUGACUAUGCCCAGCAAGGCUGCCUCUACAAGCAUGAGAUGCCCCUUGAUGCUGCCAUGCUUGAAAAGCUUGGCCUGCGUGACAUCCCCCGUUGGUACCGCGAAAAGCACAACGUUCCCAGCCUCCUCUACCAGAGCUCGAACAACCGCCAGCAGCUGAAUUUUACCGAUCAGCCUCAGAUGCGUGCUCUUACCAAUUCAUCCCCCGAUGUCAAUGGAAGCACCGAUGGAAAGGCUUCUACUGUCACCGGCCCGGCAAACCACAGCAGCAACGGCGGAUUCAAUAGCCAUAACCGUGGCGGUAACCGUAAUGGAAACUUCACUGGUCAGUUUGCAGGUCACGGCUGGAAGGGCGGUCGCAAUGUCCGCAAUCGCAAUGUCAGCUCUUCCCCCCAGACCAAAAGCACUGUCAGCGAGCGCAGCACCGAGCUCUCCCCGCGCGCAACGCGCUUCGAUGUCAGUCAGCUUGGCGGGUACCUUCCCACUGAUGUCGGUAUGACCACUGCCGCAACUGCUGCUCAUGUUACGACUGCAGCCCCAGUCUUUUCCGUGGUCCCAAUGGUCCCCAACAUGUCCCUGUUGGACGAUAGUAAUGCUCGUAACCGUACUCUGGCUUUCCGCGCCAAUGAACUGGCCCGCAUUGAUGAAACUGGCUUUGACAAGAUAAGCCACAAACCCUCUGAGCCCCAGAUUGGCCAGUCGGAUACUCGCCAUAUGUACGCUCACACCUCAAACCCCUCUUCCGACGGUGGCGUCAUGCUCCCAAAGGAGAUCACUCAGCCAUACGCCCCCAAUUUCGAUGGCGGAAGCCAGAGCACCGAGUCCACUCGCAAGCUUUACGGGGCCUUGAACACUCCUAGCACCGCUAACGCCGCAUGUGGUUCUUCCCCUGCUGCGUUGAGCAAUCUCGUUGCUACUCAGAACGUGCCUCUCGGCGCGAUGGACACUCGCGUCACCUGGGGACCCAUUGGAGGCCCGAUCAUGAAGAGUGCCAGUCCCCCCACUGAUCCCCGCGCUGUCAUUUUCGGUCAGUACCCCGUCAAGACCUCCUCCCACUAA